AACACUUGCUAGGGCAACAUGACAACGUCAUACCACUCUAAUCAAAAUUACCUAUGAGAGUCUGGAUUCAAAGGGCCUUAUUCAAUUAGCUAAAAAAGGAAUUGAAAUAAAUCGAAUGGCUAAGAAAAUAUGUCAUCCGAUCAUGAAGAAGAACGUGAUGAAAUAAGAGAAAAUGACCAAAAUAUUCCACCAAAAAAUAAUCUUGUUUCUGUUAAAUAUAUAGGACUAUUUUCAUUGGCUGUAUUCCUCUACGAUCUCUCUGAAGUGUACUAUAAGAAGGUUUUUCCUACAAUAGAGAAUCGUCUUGUUUUCAAUGGUCAACAAAUUCACUGGGUUGCAUCCUUCGUUCUCCUUACAACAAUUAUUUUUAGUUUCGUAAAGCAAAAAACCAAAGUACUAGGAGUUUGCUGUGCUAGUUUAGCAAUUGGAAACAUAAUAAUUGUUCUUCCAUUUUUUAUCUUUGGGUUAUCAUUCUCAAAAGACGAUAAAUUUUCCGAAGAAGAACGUAAGAUCUGUCAUCCUAACGACGAAGUAAAUAAAAUCUCAUGUAAAGAAGAUGUAGUAGGAGAAUUAAAAGGCAAAAUUUCAUUCUCCUUUCUUCUUAUAUCUAGAAUAUUUAUCAGUUUUGGACAAGGUGGCUUAUUACCAUUAGGACUAUCGCAUUUUUAUGAAAAUUCUAAAAAUGGUUGGAACUAUUUAUUCAUUGGAAUUGUAAUAUGUUGGAAGACUAUUGGAAGUGUUCUUGCCAAAUAUUUGGUUAUUCUAUUAAAGAAGUUACCAGAAACUUUAGUAGGUGAGUAA